AUGAGCUCUCCGACAAAACCACCCACUAGGACGUUUUAUAAUCAUUCGAAUAAUCCCUGGUUCAAGAACCAAUCCAUCGAAUCCUGUGUCACCGUAAAACCAGUACCUGAUUACUUGAAGCAGAGGCAAGGUAAGUUUGGAGAUAAUAAGCCAUCAUCUAAAGAUGAGAGAACUCAAAGGAAGUUGGAGAUGUCUUUAGAUCCACUUGAUCCAGCAAAUUCGUCGAAGCACAUGCGAGGUCCAAAGGCUUUUGGUUCUCUGCCUGUUCCUGUCGUGUAUUUGCCUGAUGUUGCCGUCAAGAAGACAAGAACCAAGAACAAGACUGGACAAUCCGUCCUUGUUUCUCGAGUUGCGUAA